UUCCGCCUCUUUGUUUUAAACUCCAGCCGGAAUUUUUUUCCUCCUCAUUUUUCUCUCUUAUUUUAACUAAGGGGGGACUCAUUGGGAACACGGUAGCCCCCCUGGCACCCCGCUCCUUCCACGGGGCUCCUGCAUCCCCACAGAUAGCCCCCUCCGUGGCUUUGCCAGCUGCACAGACACACACACCGAGGCUGUUCCUCUUGCCCUGUGUGUCUGUGCUGUGCCCGGUGGUGAGAGCCCCUCCAGCAAGCAGCGGCGGCUCCAUCUACGGAGAGCCCGGACCCGGCACCACAGCAGCCGCUCCACAGCCACAAUUGCAGCAGACACCAAAGAUGCUGACUCGAAAGAUUAAACUCUGGGACAUUAAUGCUCACAUAACAUGUCGUUUGUGCAAUGGAUAUCUCAUUGAUGCUACUACUGUGACGGAAUGCUUACAUACCUUUUGUAGAAGUUGCUUGGUGAAAUAUCUGGAAGAAAAUAACACAUGUCCUACGUGUAGAAUUGUCAUCCAUCAAAGUCACCCUCUACAGUAUAUAGGUCAUGACCGAACAAUGCAAGAUAUCGUUUACAAAUUGGUGCCAGGUCUCCAAGAAGCUGAAAUCCGUAAGCAGAGAGAGUUCUAUCACAAACUCGGAAUGGAAGUGCCUGGUGACAUCAAAGGAGAGCCGUGUGCAGUUAAGCAACAUGUAGAAGCUGUUCGAAACGGUGAAACAAAACCUGAAGAAAAUGCAACUAAAGAUACAACGGAAGAAAAACAAGAAGAAGACCAUGACUACCAUAGAAGUGAUGAACAGGUCAGUAUAUGCUUAGAAUGCAACAGUAGCAAAUUACGUGGACUCAAGCGAAAAUGGAUACGGUGCUCAGCCCAAGCAACAGUCUUGCAUCUUAAGAAGUUCAUAGCCAAAAAACUUAAUUUAUCAUCGUUUAAUGAGUUGGACAUAUUAUGCAAUGAAGAAAUUCUGGGAAAAGAUCACACACUUAAAUUUGUUGUUGUCACAAGAUGGAGGUUUAAGAAAUCACCACUUCUUCUACAUUACAGACCGAAAAUGGACUUGCUGUAAAAGAACUUUAUUGUCCUGUCUGGACAAGGUUUUUGCAGAGACUAUCAUGGGCACCACCACAGUGCACCACAUGACUCACAACAUGUGACCUGUACCAGCGGAUUCAAGCCAGAAGAUUGUAGCGCACUCACAGGAGAACUUCUUCACUUCAAAAUGUUUCUCUUACGCAACACAAUUACCAGAAUUCUGGAAAGGAAAAAUAUUUAUACUUUUUGUACAAGAAAAAAAGAGAUAAUUUUUCACAACUCAAGACACUACCAGCAUGGCGUUUACAAACAUUGAACACUUUUCAUAGAUAUACAUGUCUUUGCUGCAAACUACAUCCAAGUUUGUUUUUGAGAUGUAUUGAUCGUCAUAUAUAUUAAUAAAUAUAUAUCUAUAUAUAUAUAAUAGAUAAAGAGAUUGACACCAAAUUACUUUAGGUUGCUUUUUAAUUGUUAAAAGAUUUUAUAAAUCAUUUACAAUUAAAACCUACUAUCCGGUUUACUUUGUAGAUACCUUAAAAAGAUAACUGUAUAGGUGGAUAGCCCAGUGCAGACAUUUGAGCCAAUAUAUUUGUACAAACAAAUUGGGAGUUGUGAUUUAUGCUGUUUCCAGAAUUUCUUGUUUGGUGGAAAAUAUCUUUUGCAAAGAUUAGUAAUUGAAUUAUGCAUUUUGACUGGUGUUAUAUUUGUGAUCUGUUGCCACAGUGCACUUUUGGCCUUUAGCUGCAAUAUUAUUAGAAGUCCCUCCACUUGCGCCAUGUGGUUGUAGUACUGUUACUGCAAAUUAUGUUAGUCCAGGCCGGUUUGGGCUUUGUUACUCUUGGUGCUAACAUCCUCUUUAACCAGAAAUAUUGACAUGGUGCAGUGAAUUUUCGUCAGUGAAUAAUACAGGAAAACACAUGUGCCUGCUGGAGUUGCAUGGUUCUACUUUGAUAAGAAUCUUAAAGUGGACCAUGUAAAUUGAAAGAAUGUAAUGAAUUAAAACCGAAUGCAUACAUUCAUGAAACAAUCUACAUUUUUGCAACUAUCUAUUGGAUCACUUGAAUUUGAAAUGGUGCUACAAUAAACCCUCUGUUGGUGAAAUUCAGUAUAUAGCUGUAUAGGCCAGCAGCUCCUAACUGGCUGCACUGUCUGCUUAUCCGAGAUAAGUAUGUACGAUCAAAGACAGUGUUUACGAGUAAAUGUGAUCUAACAGCACUGUAUAGCUAUGCGUAUGUGUUAACCUAACAACCUCAGCAGUGAAAUAAACUGAAAUUUUUUUUUUUUUUACAAACACCAUGUCACAAAGUCUACUACUACUACCCUAGCUCCCCAUACACCAUUUUCAGUUCUCUGUUUUAAUAAUGCGGGAGCAAAAAUAAAUGGGCUAGUUGCACUGAUAAGGCCAACAUUUUGCAGAUGGGAUACAUGAAGGAGAUAUAUUGGAUUAAUGGAAGCCUCUGUGAGGUACAUUGUACUGUUGCUCCUGAAACUUCAAAGUAAAUGUUACAUUUAAGAAUGGGCAAAGAAGCACUUUUUUGUCAGAUUUUAUUUGAUACGUCUGUGCUAUUCUCAUAAGCCACACUUUGGCCUAUUGUGUCUGAAACGUAUUUUGAAGGUGGGGAAUUAUGUUAGUCAGUGAACGGGGUUUUAGAAUUUCUUUCACUGCAUUGUGUCUGCAAAAAUAAUAUUUAUAUGUCUUUGCUGUGUCCUGCAACAGUGAGACAAAAGAUAGCCAGGUAUACAUACAUUUUGUUUAAUAUAGUUCAUAUGGAAAAUAGUAAAUUCUGACAGAAUAUAUGAGAAAUUUAACAAGGAUUGGAGGGGUUUAAAAAUAACUUUAUAAAAUUAUUUAUUCUAUUUUAAGCUUUCUAUAUUAUUUUACCAUUGAAAAGGUUUAAGUGACCGGCUUUAUUUACGGGCAUAUAAAAAUUGUGAAAUGUUUAACAAGCUUCAUUUUUUUUUUUCUUCUCUUCAUCAUACAAUAAAGGUAAGUUAAAGCAUCAGGAAUGCAGUUGUGCAAUAGACUUGCAGAAUACCAUGUUUAAGUAAAUGUUUGUCUUCAGCGCUAUGAAAAUUAAGAUUUUUUUUGUUUUCUUCUUUUGGUUUAAGCAUCGGUAAGAGUUUUUUUCCCUUGAUAAAGUGUAUUUGUAAGUUGGCUCCCCUCACUUCUCUUUAAGUUAACACCUCUAUUCCUCAUGAAAUGACAAUGCUGGAUCAUCUUUACUCUACUCUCUAUUGUUCCUACUUUAAAUGUACUUUGAGACUACAACACUCUGUCUUUGUUUUGAAACAUAUUUUUCAAGCAAGACUUUUUGGUUUAGAAGUCUUUUGCUUAUUGGAUAUGUAUUCAGCCUUAAAAUACGACCAUGUUUUUGGAAUUUAUUUUUAGCUAUUUUAGAACUAAAGCUGUAGCCCUACUCAAAAUAAUAUUCCAAACUACAACUAUAUUUUGACAUGCAAACCUCCUAAAAACAGGGUCCAACACUUAAUUUUAUUGCUGUAAUGACUGUAGCCAUACAAUUAAUGUGUCUGUCUAAGCAUCCGUUUAAUAUUGAGAUUCAUUGAACUCAAUAAUAAAAAAAUAGCUUGUUUCUUGGGACGUGAAACAGCCUAAAAUAUGGCCCAAAUUACCUUGAGCGCACAAAGCCCUAAAAUGACUUUUGGGUGUCUUCAUUUCUUUUACCAGUACGGUGUGUCCCUACAGUCUGACACUGUCAGAAGGAACUUGGCAAUAUAACACCUUGCAGGUACAUGGAUCAUGGACAAGAGAGAAGUUAACACCCAAUUGUCAGUUUAUGUGUACAAUUUAAUGGGAAAUAACACAAUGCAUGUGUAUGCUGCAUUCGUAUAAAAAAAUACUUAUCAUUUGUAAUAACUUUUGACAUGUCUUAGCGCCUUUCAAAAAUUUUGAUCAGUGGAGGUUUGAGUGUUCAGAUCUCCCUCGAUCAGGAGAACGAGCCAGAAGUAGUCUGCACUGCGGCACUCUUCUCUCUCUGACUCUCUGUCACGUAGUUGAGAUGCUCAUAGACUUACACUGCCGAGUUUGUCUCAAUCAUGUGACACUGAGCCUGGAGAGAACAUGCGGAGAGUGAACUUCUCCCUGCUUGUUCUCCUGAUUUGUGAAGCUCUGAACACUCAGACCCCCGCUGAUCAAAACUUUUGACAUGUCGCUAGGACAUGUCAAAAGUUUUUACAUACGACAGUGGCCAUUUAAUUAAAAAAAGAUGACUGGAAAGCUAAUACAUCCUCUUAAAAAUGCAUUCUUUGCUUUUAACAUAAACCUAUGAAAAGAUGGCACUCUCACUUUAUGACUUGCACCAAACCUUUGGGUUAGGGGCUUUAACACUGAUUUAGGACUGUGUUCCCUUCACUUAUUUUUGAUUUAUUUAAUAUUUUCCUCACAGCAGCGGCCUCACCACCCCGCUGUUCAGGGAACUGCAGCAUGACUGGAUAUAAGUGAGUUGGGCUAGCUUCAGUUCAAAGCACAAUGAGGUAGUCAGGAGUGCCAAAGUGUAGGGAGAAUAUAGGAGAUGCAGUACUAAAUGAGUUGUACAGCCCAUAGUUCUAGAGGUAGGAUAUUGAUCAUAAUGUGAUGGCCUAUUCUAGCAAUAUGCAAUCACUUUAUAUGAUGGGAUUUACCCAAAUAAUUAAAAUAUUAGAUCUUUUUAGUUUUUGUGAAGACUAUUAUGUCAUGCUAAACUUUAGUACGGUGCUUUUCAAAAUAUUACAUACCACCUUUUCUUUACAUAGUAUUAAACUUUUUGUAUAAUUCUAAGGUUUGCUCCCUUAUAGUAUUCUUAUGAAAUGUAUUCAAAUAAAUGCAAAUAGCCUUUGAAAUACACAUCAGUUUUAUACUCCAGGAUGAGUGAUUGAUUUGUUCUUAAUUAAGCUUUUGCCAUCUCUCUCUGCAUGAAUACUCUGACUGUUAAGUAGAAAUGUUUUUGUCUCCCUGAAGACAAAAUAAAAAAAAAGAAAGAAAUCAGGUACACUUUUCAGGGUUUGGCUAACAUACAUGGCCCGCAAAUUUAAUGGCACACCUGAGGUUUUAAUGUGAUGGCUGUAUUAUUAGAUUUUUUUUUUCUCAUUGUAUGUAUAUUAUAUGAGGGAUAUAUUUCUACCCAACUUAGAACUAUUUGGCUUAAAUUAAAUAAUUUUCAAUUUCUGCACACUAUAUUAUCUACUAGUGUCAUUAACACUACACUGAAGAUAUCACUGAAUGGUUUCAGUAUUGAAAAUGCAUUAAGAUAAAAAAAAACUAUUGCUUUUAGUACCAUUUAUAAGCCUGAAGAAUUUCAUGUACUUAAAUAAAUUUACAAAAAGGUUAAUUUGGUGCAAAUGUUUUUUCUUCCUAAAAGUUUACAUAUUUUUUUAAUUUUUUUUUUUUUUACUUUGUGUUACUGUGUAAACGUUGUAUCAAAUAUAGAGAUUUUUGUCCAUAAUUCCUUUGGGUAAGGCUAUAUUGCUUAAUGUUUUGAUUUUUCCUACAGUGAAGCUUGUAUUCUGUGUUUUGCCAAUUAAUAUUAUAUGCUUGUAAUAAAAGCUAA